CGAGAAGCUGCGCGGCUCAUCCAAUGGCAGAACGCAGAGGGCGGGGACGCGAGGAGGCGGGGCAACCUGGAUGGAGCCGGCAACAAGAGGCUGAGGGAGGCGGCCAAGGCAGAGGCAGUACAAAAGGAGAUGUCCCUCGUGUCCCCGCUGGAAGCAGGAUGAAUCUCAUAUCUAUGGCGGCAGAGCCUGAGCUGAAAUGGAUAGCCCUGUGGGUCCGCGUCAGGUGGGCAGCCGUGCUCGUGCUGCUGCUGGGCUCCCUCCUGCUGCUGCUGCUGCCGCUGCCUGCCGUGGAGGAGAAGUGCCAUGCGGUGCUCAGGGGGCUCUCCUUCCUGAGGAGUAAGUUGGGCACCGGCUAUACGGGCGUCACCAGGUACGCGGGGCAAAGUACCGGGCUGAGUGUCACCUCGCAGGGGCUGGAGCUGCUGGUGCUGAAGAGCAAGGCCUCCCCAGAAGUGAAGUUAGAAGCCAAAGCAGCUCUGAACCAAGCCCUUGAAAUGAAGCGCCAAGGAAAGCGAGAAAAAGCGCACAAACUCUUUGUAUACGCCCUCAAAAUGGACCCUGAUUACGUGGAUGCCCUGAAUGAAUUUGGCAUUUUUUCUGAAGAGGAAAAAGACAUUCUUCAAGCAGACUAUUUGUACUCCAAAGCACUAACUCUCUCUCCCUGCAACGAAAAGGCUUUGAUCAAUCGGGACCGGACGUUGCCUUUAGUUGAAGAAAUCGAUCAGAGGUAUUUUAGCAUUAUUGACAGCAAGGUCAAAAAAGUGAUGGCGAUCCCCAAAGGCAAUUCUGCCCUGCGCCGAGUGAUGGAGGAGUCCUACUAUCACCACAUCUACCACACGGUUGCUAUUGAAGGGAACACUCUGACGCUGUCAGAAAUACGACACAUCAUCGAGACCAGAUACGCUGUUCCUGGAAAAAGUCUAGUGGAGCAGAAUGAGGUGAUUGGCAUGCACGCAGCUUUGAAAUAUGUCAAUACCACACUGGUAUCACGAAUAGGCUCUGUUACCAUCACUGACAUCCUGGAGAUACACCGGAGAGUGCUGGGCUAUGCUGACCCCAUGGAGGCGGGGCGGUUCAGGACUACGCAGGUGUUUGUAGGGCAUCACAUACCCCCACACCCCCAGGACGUUGGGAAACAGAUGCAGGAGUUUGUGCAGUGGAUUAACUCUGAAGAUGCCAUGAGUUUGCACCCUGUGGAAUUUGCUGCGUUAGCCCACUACAAAUUGGUUUACGUCCAUCCUUUUACAGAUGGCAACGGGAGGACCUCACGUCUGCUAAUGAACCUCAUCCUGAUGCAGGCAGGCUACCCACCCAUCACCAUCCGCAAGGAGCAACGGGCAGAGUAUUAUCAUGUCUUAGAAGUGGCCAACGAGGGCGAUGUGAGGCCUUUCAUACGCUUUAUAGCUAAGUGCACCGAGACAACGCUGGACAUGUUGCUCAUUGCCACCACAGAGUACUCUGUGGGCUUACCUGAAGCUGAUGGCAGCAGUGCUGGAUGCAAACAAACCAUCCCUGUCAAGACCUGAAGGUUGUGGGCACUGAGAAGGCAGGGAAUACAUGGGUGAACAGGAAGCCAUGCUGCUCAGUAUUUCUGCUGGGAAGAGACUUGACAGGAGCUGUCACUCUUUAGCAUUUCAUUUAUUUAAAGUCUGUUACAUUUGAUUAAAUUAAUAUAAUUUAUUUACAUAUAUUAUGCCAAGCUAAAUUGUUGAUGUUGACUGCGUGCUGUAAUUUGCCUGUGCUACAGUAAGAGGCGGGGAAAAACAUCAGAGGGACUGAACAAACUGAAGUAGAAAUCAUUUCAUUUUUCCAUAAAAUUAAGCAUUCAGAAGCUGCUUCCAUCACAGCCCUACACUUAGUCAGCAGCCUUGUCUUACCUUGUCAUGGAGCUGCUAGGUGGGACAAAGCCUUAAAAGAGUUGUUGCUCUCAUACUACCCCUUCAUUCUUGUUCAGAACCCAAAGCCUUUGCAGUAACAGCAUGCUCCCAGCUGCAUUAAGCUGGCUUUCUCCUUCACUAUGACACAUUCAGACUGAAAAGAUGAGGAAGAAGGCUAGCUGCAGGGUGGCAGUCGAAUUUCUCCCCUUCUGUUUCUGCUUUCAGUAGCACUCUGCAUAUUCACUUUCAGUUGCCUUUCCUAGGGUAAUGUAUGUCAAACAAGUGGGAAGUGUUUGGUUUAUGAUUACAGCCCAUGUGACUGGAACAAGACAAGAAAUGCUCUCUGACUUGCUUCAUGGAACAGCAAGGUGUUCUUGCUAUGCCUUCACCAGGACAAUUUUAUGCUGAGACCCUGCUUCAGAUUGCCUCCCCCAGAAUGCAGAUCCCCUGAGAAACUGCAGCUUUCUGCAGAUUUCUGUUCAGGGUCUGAAAAGAGCUGGUUUCUGUAAGCUGCAGGCAGAAAAGAUCAUUCUGCAUAACCACAAGACUGCCUUUAUCUGCUGGGUUCUUUUGGUAAGAAUUCAUAUAGUGAGUUUGCCAAAAACUUAAGUUUCCUUCAUCUACACAAGAGAACUUUUCAUAAUAGGUUUAUUAACUACUCUAUAGUAGUAUAUAUAUAUAGUAGUAUAUAUAAUAUAUAUAGUAUAUAUAUAUAGUAGUAUAUAUAAUAGGUUUAUUAACUAUUCUACCAGGUCAUGCUAUUCCUGUGAUAAAUGCAUAAAGAACCACCUAAGGCCUCUCCCUACUGCAGUCUCUGUUUGCACAGCACCUGGAAGCUGCCACCCAAUUCAAAGUGCUUUUAAGGUAAAAGCAGUUGCAGUUAAACAUUGAAAGGAGUUGCUCCCUACACCCCACUUGCCAGUUGUGUAAGUGCAUAAUUCCAGGUACCAUAGAUCCCAACACCUUCAAGCUAGAAGACAUGGAAGGAAUGAAUUCCUGUACUGGCCCAGGCCUAUUUUUCUCCCCUCUAGCUCUCUUACCUGCAAGGUAGUUAGGAUACAUUUUAUGCAACAAAUAAGAUAACAAGAUAGGACCAGGAAUUACCUAUACACUGUAGCACCAGCCUCUCCCUCAUGUAUUGAUUACUGCUGACAGGGAAUGUGAACAAGUGUUCUAUUUUUACAAAGCAUGCUUAUUUUUGUAGUGCAAUGUGAGUAUAAAAGUAUUCUGCACUUUAGAGCUCUGGAAAAAAAAAAGAUGUUCAUUUUAGUAACAGAUUAAUAAAGUAUUUUAAUAUUAA